AUGGCCGAAAAAGACAAGUACAAGUACCGGAUCGAGAUCCAGCAGAUGAUGUUCGUCAUUGGCGAGACCAACGACCCACCCACGGAAACUACGUCGUUGGUCGAGGACAUUGUGCGGUCUCAGGUGAUUGAGAUGCUGCUCCAGGCGACCAUUCUUGCCCAGAAGCGUGGAGCUCGGUCCAUGGCCACGGAGGACUUCAUUUUUCUCAUCCGUCAUGACGCCGCCAAGGUUUCGCGUCUCAAGACGUAUCUGACCUGGAAGGAUGUGCGUAAGAACGCCAAAGAUCAAGAAGCUGGAGGACUUGAAGGGACGGACAUUUUGGAGAACGGAGGCGCUGGAGCCGAAGGGGCUGCCCCUGGAGGGGCCCCCGGGGGUCCCGGAGCACCACCAAACGCCCCACCAGGUCAGGCACCUCUUGCUACAGCCAAAAGGUCCAAGGUGAAGUUGCCAUGGGAACUGCAGUUUAUGUUCUCGGAACAGCCGCUACAGGACGGAGACGACGAAGAAGACGACGAGGCAGAGGCUAACAGUGCAACAAUCGAGCGUCUCAAGACCGCCGACGAGCGUACAAAGGACAUGACGCGAGAGGAGUACGUUCACUGGUCGGAAUGCAGACAGGCAUCGUUUACUUAUAGAAAGGCCAAGCGGUUUCGAGACUGGGCGGGAAUCGGUGCUCUGACAGACACACGACCGCAUGACGAUAUCAUUGAUAUUCUGGGUUUCUUGACGUUUGAAAUCAUCGCCAGUAUCACAGAAGAGGCUCUCAAGGUGAAGGAGGAGCAAGAGGAGGUGGAGCGGUCUAACGGGGACCAGCCACGAAAAAAGCAAAAGAUGUCGCACUCGUUGUUCGAUGGACCCGAUGAGGAGGCACGUCCAAUAUUGGCGUGCCACGUUCAGGAGGCAUACAGACGAUUGCAACAUACCUCUGCCAAGCAGAAGAGUUUGAGACGGUACCGAGGAGGACUGGUCAAGGUGAAGACUACUUUGAUUUAA